CUGGAGGUCCCAAGCUGAACUCGACGAAGUCCAAACGAAGCUGACAAAUGUCCGGCGUCUUGGUGAUGGUAACUUCGCAGGUACCCGUUCCAACUUCGCCACUCGGGUAGCUUGGGUUGACGAACUCCGUCUCGUUGGAGCUGCUCACCAUGUUGCACGUGAAGCUUACUGCGUCAACGAAUCUCUCAUUCUUGAAACUAUUCAACGUCGUACGCUUCCCAAAUUUCCCUUGCAUCGGGACGUGGGGUCAAAGCGGAUACUGCUACGCAGUUCAAGAAUGCCUGGAACGUGGAGGGACUGCGUAUGGCGCCUGUGCUUACGGCUUUGGAGUCUGUUGUUCACUGACGGCUAGCUGUGGUUCCGUCAUCACUUUUAAUGGUACCUACUUCAGCAGCCCCGGAUUUUAUUCAUCUUCCAAUCUCAACGCAUCAGAGGAGUCUUGCGCUGUACAGAUAAUGAAGCAAGACAAAGACAUCUGCCAGAUCCGACUGGACUUCGAGGAAUUCGACCUUGAACGGCCAACAGUGGGAAACUGUGAAUCCGAACGCUUCAUUGUCACUGGUCAGAACGCCAACAGCAUGGUUCCUGAGAUCUGUGGUCUUAACUCUGGACAACAUCUAUACAUUGAUAUCGAUAUGGUACCAGGACCAAUAACGCUGCACGUGCAGACCAACGGUCAACGGAGCAGCAGAUGGAGCAUGAAGAUUACUCAGAUUAGAUGCGAUGAUCCUAGCAGAGCUCCUCAGAAUUGCCUUCAAUAUUACGUGGGACCGUCAGGAAACUUCAGCAGCUUCAAUUACUUCGAGUCAUCCCUGACGCCCCCUCGUAUGGGCUACAUGAACAACCUGGACUACACCAUCUGUUUUCGGAAGGAAGCUGGCUUCUGCUCGCAGACGUACAGCGUUCCGGACGAUGCCCCGUUCGUGCUGGAAAACGUCGAUGCCGACAACGCCCCGACCGUCGCGGAAACGGAGGCAGGGGUUGGAGUGGUGGAAUGCUCCAUGGACUACGUCCUCUUGGGGGCGGUGCGCUUCUGCGGGACGAGGCUCAACCCCGACGUUGGCCCUAAUAACCCCGACGUUAAUGCUCCUGUCACAGACACAACUACGGGACCCUUCGUAGCCCGCGUCGUGUCGGAUGGAGCUCUCAACGCCAGAGGCUUUCUGCUCAGCUACAGUCAGAACAAAUGUUGAAGGAGAGAAACGGGACUCGACAAAGUGGGUGUGGUGCGCAACAGAUGAUCGAUUGAACCUUAUUGUGAAGCUGCAUGUUCAGCUUU